AUGAUUAGAGCGAUGAGCACGAGGAAGGAUCGAGGCGGCUACAAGAAGCUCGGUGACGAAGAAGAAGCACCAGGCGUUGGGCUUUUAGAAGGGAAAGUGCAGAGCGUUCCAGCGGAGGUGAAUAAACCGGCGGAGAAAGCAGGCGGUUUGGUUCACCCAGUUCUGAGUUUCUUCGAUAUUCGGUUACAGUGGAAGAAGAAGACAAAGAAGAAGAACACGACGACUGCGAAGCCAGAGUUCGCUAGGUACAUGGAGUAUGUCAAGGAAGCAGGCGUUUGGGAUGCUACUUCAGAUGGACCUGUCAUAUAUUACAGAUAG